UUUUUAACCUAAAACGAAAACCCUGAGAAAGUCCGAAUUCCGACAGAGCCAUAGAGGGGAGUCGUAACAUUAGGAGGAAAAAAAUCAGAAAGGUUUUGGGUUCCCUCGUUCAUCUCUAAUUCAAAAAACUGAUUCCCAGAAAGAAAGGGAAAAAUAAAAAUAAAAAUGGAGCCAAACUAAAACCAGUAAUAAUUGAAUCGUGCAAAAAUGGCAGCCUCUUCACCGGUGAAAAGUAACAGCAGCGUCGCCUCCCCCGAUGUGACGGCGUUACCUCACUCCUCCGGUAUAAAUUCUUCCCGGAAUCUCCGCGGUUUAAAUAAACCUAAGUGCAUCAAGUGCGGCAACGUUGCUCGCUCCAGGUGUCCAUACCAGUCAUGCAAGAAUUGCUGUGCGAAAGCUCAAAAUCCAUGUCACAUACAUGUUUUGAAAGGCAACUCAUCUUUUCCAGACAAGUCACCACCUUCCAGCUCUCCCAUAUUUGACCAGCAAUCAACUGAAGCAUCUCAUUCGGGGAGCUCCCACAGACUUCGCCAACUUUCCAGCAACUUCGCGCAAUUUAACAAUUUGCUUACUCCACUUCGGUCUAGGAAGCCAUUGACCAGAAAGGAUGCACAAGUUACAAACGAAUGGAGGUUCUUAAAGUUGAAGGAAUUCAGAGAAAGGAACAUUGAAGCAGAACAUGAAUCCUUUGACCGCUACAUACAAAAUAUAUGCUUAUUGGAAGAGGUUUUCUCUGUUAAUUCCCCACACGAUGAGCAGUCAGUAAGUUCAACUGCUGUCGAAAAUGUUGAGAUGGUGCAGGGGUUGAAGUUGAAGCUAAGAUCAAAUCCUUUAAGAAAUGAAAACUUGAGGAAGAGGAUCCAAUAUAUUGUUGAUCAAGGAUUGAAGAAGCUUAGAAAGUUUGAGCAAAAUGAUGAUGCUAGUGAAAUUAGUGAUCCCGAAGAAGUUGGGAGGAUGUCUAAAAAGAUCAAGUCUUCUCAGGAAGGGAGGGCUUUAGCUCUAAGUGAUCUUAUCGAUAAGUUAAACAAAGCCCAAAGUGAUGAAGAUCUGAAAACUUGUCAGGAGAUGGCAUCCCAGAUGAUUAGCUGGCAUUCUAAGAAACAUCAGAUGGGACAAAGUGAUCCUGAGACAUCUAACGAACAGAACCCUGAAAACAAAUUGUCCCCCAAAAAGCAAUCUGUUGAUUCUCCAUCGAAAGGGGUUACUCUGGUGACCAUUGAUCAAGAAGUCUUAUGUCAAAUCGAUGCACAUUUUUCUUCCCUUGAGGAGGUAGAAGAUAUAUAGGUUGGGCAGCUUUAAUUUUUAGCUGAUAGAUAUUAUGGGUUUUGGAAGUUUGUAGUCAUGUUAUGGUUUACAAUACUAAGUUGAUGUAGUUAUGUAACAAUAACUGUUAUCAUUACAAAAUGAAGUUUCCUUUGUGCAACCGCAUGCUGUUAUUUGGAAACUUCUCAUAUAAAUGCAUGUUUGUGUGAACUUGUAAGCUCUUUUUUUGAAGAGCCUGUUGAUUUUGAGAGCUAGUAUUACACAGUUGCA